CGCGGGAUGGAGGCGGCGGGAGGCGGCGGAGCCCCGGGCAGGGCCCGGCCGGGACAGCCCCAGCCCCAGCCCCAACCGCAGCCGCAGCCACAGCCGCUGCCCAAGGGCCGGGAGCUCUUCAGGAGCCAGCGGAAGGAGUCCGAGGGCUCCGUGGAUUGUCCCAACCUGGAAUUUGAGUACGGGGAUGCCGACGGCCACGGCGCUGAGCUGGCAGAGCUCUACAGCUACACCGAGGAGCCCGAGCUGAGCCACAACAGGAGAUGCUUCGAGGAGGAUUUUCACGCACAAGUGCCGGACAGGAGGUGGCUGGAGCUGGACAGGGCUCAGCAGAAGGCCUACAUCAUGCGCCUGCUGGAUGGGCUGGAGGUGGUCAACAGGGACAAGAGGCUCCGAGUAGCACGGGCCAUCCUGUACCUGGCCCAGGGUGUCUUCGGGGACUGUGAUAAUGAAGGUGAUGUCCUGCACUGGUCUCGACACAACAGCUUCCUCCUGUACCAGCUGGGAACCUUCUCCGCCUUCCUGGAGCUUCUCAACAUGGAGAUUGAGAACAGCCAGGCGUGCAGCAGCGCCCUGCGGAAGCCGGCCAUCUCCCUGGCCGACAGCACGGAGCUCAGGGUCCUGCUCAGCGUCAUGUACCUGAUGGUGGAGAACAUCCGUGUGGAGCGGGAGACGGAUCCCCCCGAGUGGAAAACCUGCCGGGAGACCUUCAGGAUGGAGCUGAGUUUCCCCGUGCACGCUGAGGAGCCGUUUGCUCUGCUGCUCUUCACGAUGGUGACCAAGUUCUGCAGCGGCCACGCUCCUCACUUCCCCAUGAAGAAGGUCCUGCUCCUGCUCUGGAAGGUGCUCCUGUUCACGCUGGGCGGGUUCGAGGCGCUGCAGGCCAUGAAGGUGCGGCGGCGGGAGGAGCUGGGGCUGCCGCCGCUGCCCGAGGACAGCAUCCAGGUGGUGCGGGGGAUGCGCGCCGCCUCCCCGCCCACCUGCGCCAUCGAGCUGGUGGAGCAGCAGCAGCAGCAGCAGCCGCAGCAGCAGAAGCGGGGCCCCCGCAGCCGCAGGCCCCUGAUGAAGCAGGACAGUUUGGACAUCUACAACGAGAGAGAUCCCUUCAAGAACGAUGAAGGAGGGGUUGAUGAAGAGGAGAACGACGACGUGGACGGCGGGAUCGAGGGGGAGCUGGACCUGAUGGAGCGGGACGCGAUCAUCCCCGCGAUGCCGGCUCAGCGCCUGCCCAUCGAGAGGGUGUCCUUCCCCAAGGGGCUCCCCUGGGCCCCCAAAGUCAGACAGAAGGACAUCGAGCAUUUCCUGGAAGCAAGCAGGAACAAAUUCAUCGGAUUCACGCUGGGACAGGACACCGAAACCCUGAUAGGGCUCCCGCGGCCGAUCCAUGAAAGCGUGAAGACGCUGAAGCAGCACAAGUACGUUUCCAUCUCGGAUGUCCAGAUCAAGAACGAGGAGGAGCUGGAGAAGUGCCCCAUGUCUCUGGGGGAAGAGGAAGUCCAAGAAACCCCUUGUGAGGUCUUGUAUCGAGCAAUGCUGUACAAUCUCCCCCAGUACAUGAUCGCUUUGCUGAAGAUCCUCCUGGCUGCUGCUCCCACCUCCAAGGCCAAGACUGACUCCAUCAACAUCCUGGCAGACGUGCUGCCUGAAGAGAUGCCCAUCACCGUGCUGCAGAGCAUGAAGCUGGGCAUCGACGUGAACAGGCACAAGGAGAUCAUCGUGAAGAGCAUCUCGGCGCUGCUGCUGCUGCUCCUCAAGCACUUCAAGCUGAACCACAUCUACCAGUUUGAGUACGUGUCCCAACACCUGGUGUUCGCCAACUGCAUCCCGCUGAUCCUGAAAUUCUUCAACCAGAACAUCAUGUCUUACAUCACUGCCAAAAACAGCAUCUCUGUCCUGGAUUAUCCUCACUGCACGGUCUGUGACUUGCCCGAGCUCACAGCAGAAAGUCUGGAAGCUGGAGACAACAACCAGUUCUGCUGGAGGAAUUUGUUCUCCUGCAUCAACCUGCUGAGGAUCCUCAACAAGCUGACCAAGUGGAAACACUCCAGGACAAUGAUGCUGGUGGUGUUUAAGUCAGCCCCGAUCCUGAAGCGCGCUCUGAAGGUGAAGCAGGCCAUGAUGCAGCUCUACGUGCUCAAGCUGCUGAAAAUCCAGACCAAGUACCUGGGGCGCCAGUGGAGAAAGAGCAACAUGAAGACCAUGUCUGCCAUCUACCAGAAGGUGCGGCACCGCAUGAACGACGACUGGGCCUACGGCAACGAUAUCGACGCCAGGCCGUGGGAUUUCCAGGCUGAGGAAUGCACGCUGAGGGCCAACAUCGAAGCCUUCAACAGCCGCAGGUACGACAAGCCGCAGGACUCGGAGUUCGCCCCGGUGGACAACUGCCUGCAGAGCGUGCUGGGCCAGCGCCUGGAGCUGCCCGAGGACUUCCACUACUCGUACGAGCUCUGGCUGGAGCGGGAGGUGUUUUCGCAGCCCAUUCGUUGGGAGGAGUUGCUGCGCUGCCAGUGACCCGCUCCCUCCUCCCCGAGGCGCCACGGGCUGCGGAGAGGAGCGGUUUGGGUUGGAUCUGGGUGCGGGGGGGUUUCAGUACAGAUGGGAGGAAAAAAAAAAAUAUAUAUAUUUAAACUUUCCAAAGAGACCAAGUCUCUCUGUGCCUAGCAGACACCUCUUUUUGGAGGUUGUCCUGUGUUAUCGGCUGAGGCCACGGAGCGGGUUCCAGAGCGAGCUCGGAGGCCGGGUGUGUUUCGUAGCUUGGAUUCCCAGCUGGGAAUUCCAUCCCUCCCGCACUCCCUCGUUUGUUUGGAUGUGUCCGGUUCUUUGUGGCUGCUGAUGUGCUCCCAACAGCACCCUGCCACCCCCAGCUGCCCCGGGGUACCAGGAACACGGGCGGGCUUGGGGAGGAGACAACGUUGGGUGUUGUCCCUGGGGUCACAGAGCCCAGCUCCGAGUCCUGGUGGCACCAGGGACAGGUCCUGCACGGUCCCCUGGACGCCCACCCGUCACCUUCUCACCUCUGCUUUCCUGCACCUUCUCUCACCUCUGUUACACGACCCCUGUGCAGUGUUUAGAGCUGGGGAGGUUGGAGGUUUUCUCACCCCCCCUGAGUGUCAUUAGGAUUCCACAUCCUCUUCCAGCCCUGAGGAGACAGCAAAUACCACCUUAAAUAACCCCAUUUUUACCCGGGUUUUUUGGUUGUUCGGGGGGAAUGUCUGUGUCAGGUCUCAGGGCGGGGAGGGAAAGUGCUUUGGUGAACAAUUUUUGAGGGAAAGAGUGGAUCCCCUGGUCCACGGCUUUCAGAACGAAUAGGAUAUUGAGCUGUAAACUUUCUGUCGAUUUAAUAACUCAAUACUGAAAUGAAACAAUGAACCCUCCGCUCGGGUAAAGCUGCUUUGCAUGAGGGUGGCAUUUGUCAAGGCGUCGUGUGUUCAUAUAGGGCAGGGAAGCCCUAAAUAAAUGAGUGUUUGUUACGGCUGGAUUCGUGCUAAUUGCUUAAGUAAUUAAUUAACCUGGGAACGUUCCCUUCGUGGGGUUUGUCCAAGGCCUUGUUCACGGGAAUGGCAUUAAGCCCCUUAAAACCUUUUUAAAGACGCUUUUGUUCAAAAUAAACUAACUUUUAAAGGA